CGUUGGGCCGGGGCAGCGGCGGCCGCGGUUGGAGCAGCAGCAGCGGGCCGCUGGAGACGCACUGCAAAACAGGGACCAAAAUGACGGACUCCAAGUACUUCACUACUACAAAGAAAGGAGAGAUAUUUGAACUGAAGGCAGAAUUAAACAGCGACAAGAAGGAGAAGAAGAAAGAAGCAGUGAAGAAAGUGAUUGCCUCCAUGACCGUUGGGAAAGAUGUCAGUGCACUCUUUCCAGAUGUGGUGAACUGUAUGCAAACUGAUAACCUUGAGCUUAAGAAGCUGGUCUAUCUCUACCUGAUGAAUUAUGCCAAAAGUCAGCCAGACAUGGCCAUUAUGGCUGUCAACACAUUUGUGAAGGACUGCGAAGACCCAAACCCCCUGAUCCGGGCUCUAGCUGUGCGAACGAUGGGCUGCAUCCGGGUGGAUAAGAUAACAGAAUAUCUCUGUGAGCCUCUGAGGAAGUGUCUGAAGGAUGAGGACCCCUAUGUGCGCAAGACAGCUGCAGUCUGUGUGGCAAAGCUUCAUGACAUCAAUGCACAGCUGGUGGAGGACCAAGGCUUCCUAGAUACCUUAAAAGACCUCAUCUCAGACUCCAACCCUAUGGUGGUAGCUAAUGCUGUUGCAGCUCUUUCAGAGAUAGCAGAAUCUCACCCUAGCAGCAACCUACUGGACCUCAACCCCCAGUCUAUUAACAAACUGCUCACAGCCCUGAAUGAGUGCACGGAGUGGGGCCAGAUUUUCAUCUUGGACUGUCUGGCCAACUAUAUGCCUAAAGAUGACCGGGAGGCCCAGAGCAUUUGUGAGCGGGUGACUCCCCGGCUGUCCCAUGCAAACUCUGCUGUGGUCCUGUCAGCGGUGAAGGUGCUGAUGAAGUUCAUGGAGAUGCUGUCAAAGGACCUGGAUUAUUAUGGUACCCUGCUGAAGAAACUGGCUCCCCCUCUGGUCACCCUGCUCUCAGCAGAGCCUGAGCUGCAGUAUGUGGCUCUCCGCAACAUUAACCUCAUUGUGCAGAAGAGGCCUGAAAUCCUGAAGCAUGAGAUGAAGGUGUUUUUUGUGAAGUACAAUGACCCCAUCUAUGUUAAGCUGGAGAAACUGGACAUCAUGAUCCGCCUGGCAUCCCAGGCCAAUAUUGCUCAGGUGCUUGCUGAAUUGAAGGAAUAUGCAACAGAAGUGGAUGUGGACUUUGUUAGGAAGGCGGUUCGAGCCAUUGGCCGCUGUGCCAUCAAAGUUGAGCAAUCAGCAGAGCGCUGCGUCAGCACCCUGCUUGAUCUCAUCCAGACCAAAGUCAACUAUGUGGUGCAGGAAGCCAUUGUUGUGAUCAAGGACAUCUUCCGCAAGUACCCUAACAAGUAUGAGAGUGUGAUUGCCACUCUGUGUGAGAAUCUGGACUCCCUCGAUGAGCCUGAGGCCAGAGCUGCCAUGAUCUGGAUUGUGGGAGAAUAUGCUGAACGAAUUGACAAUGCAGAUGAGCUGCUCGAGAGCUUCUUGGAGGGGUUCCAUGAUGAGAGCACCCAGGUCCAACUGCAGUUGUUGACAGCAAUUGUGAAACUCUUCCUGAAGAAACCCACAGAGACUCAGGAGUUGGUGCAGCAAGUACUGAGUCUGGCUACUCAGGACUCUGAUAACCCAGACCUAAGGGACCGAGGCUACAUCUACUGGCGUCUGCUCUCCACUGAUCCUGUGGCUGCCAAGGAAGUGGUGUUGGCAGAGAAACCCCUCAUCUCAGAAGAGACGGACCUGAUCGAGCCUACCCUGCUAGAUGAGCUGAUCUGUUACAUUGGCACUCUGGCUUCUGUCUAUCACAAGCCCCCCAGUGCCUUUGUGGAGGGGAGCAGAGGUGUUGUGCACAAGAGCUUGCCUCCACGAACAGGGUCGAGUGAAAGUGCAGAGAGCCCUGAUGCAGCCCCAGCAGGAGUUCAGCCUUCAGAGCAGCCAGCUGUCAUCCCAACUCAGGGUGAUCUCUUGGGUGAUCUCCUGAACCUUGACUUGGGCCCACCAGUGAGUGGGCCUCCUAUUGCUGCAUCUUCUGUGCAGAUGGGUGCUGUGGAUCUCCUUGGAGGCGGCUUGGACAGCCUGAUGGGGGACGAGUCUGAAGGGUUGAGAAGCGAUGUGGGAGGCAGCCCUGCAAUGGGUGGCUCUGGCUUUGCAGCUCCCAGCACUGUGGUGCCUGCAAACCUUGGGGCACCCCUCAGCAGUGGCUUGGGAGACCUCUUUGAUCUGACUGGUGGAGUGGGCACUCUGUCAGGAUCCUACGUGGCACCCAAAAGUGUCUGGCUCCCAGCCAUGAAGGCAAAGGGCCUGGAAAUCUCUGGUACGUUCAGCCGUCAGGUGGGCUCCAUCUCCAUGGACCUCUUGUUAACUAACAAGGCCCUGCAGGUCAUGUCUGACUUUGCCAUCCAGUUCAACCGCAACAGCUUUGGCCUGGCACCAGCAGCUCCUCUUCAGGUCCACACCCCUCUAGCUCCCAACCAGUCUGUGGAAAUCUCUCUCCCUCUGAACACAGUUGGCUCUGUCAUGAAGAUGGAUCCUCUCAACAACCUCCAGGUUGCUGUGAAGAACAAUAUUGAUGUGUUCUACUUCAGCACCUUGUACCCACUGCAUAUCCUCUUUGUGGAAGAUGGGAAGAUGGAGAGACAGAUGUUCCUGGCCACCUGGAAGGACAUUCCUAAUGAGAAUGAAGCCCAAUUCCAGAUUAAAGAUUGUCCUCUCAAUGCAGAUGCUGUUAGCAGCAAGCUUCAAGGUAGCAACAUCUUCACCAUAGCCAAGAGGAACGUGGAGGGCCAAGAUAUGCUCUACCAGUCACUCAAACUGACCAACGGUAUCUGGGUUUUGGCAGAACUACGAAUACAGCCAGGCAAUCCCAGCUUCACGGAUUUGGAGCUGUCUCUGAAAUGCCGAGCGCCUGAGGUAUCCCAGCACAUCUACCAAGCAUACGAAACCAUCUUGAAGAAUUAAUGCACUGAGGCACCCUCUUCCUCCUCCUCCUCCUCCUCCUCCUCCUCCUCCUCCCCAAUCCCAAAUGAGGAAAUGGGACCAGGACCUAUGUGCAUGUCUCCUCUUGUCCCUGCAAAGAACAGAUGCAAGAUACCCCCCCCCAAACCUCACUGCUGUCUCUUAGAUGCUGAACAUGGAGUAGGUGGCAAUGCCUAAGGUCCAUUUUCAGCUGCCCAGGAUCAGGGAGUGGGAGGAAGGGAGGAGGGCUCCUGUUGAGAUUCAGUGCAUCAGUGUUGAGUUCUUUUGUGUGAAGUAAUGCAGUGUCCUCUUGGCUAAUGUUGCCCCUUUUAAUAGCCCUGUUGCCCUUGAAAUUGAGUGCUUUCUUAAUGAAAUCCCAAAGCCAGCC